AUCAGCUGUUACAAUGGUCGUUUCGAAAUAAUACAUCGGUCAUUUUACCACUUCUUUCCUUUUAGUUUAUUCGUAGGAUACCUAAUACAUGUACGUGUAUAUGCAACAUGCAAUAAAUCAACUUCACAGCCUUAACAAUUACUGAGGCCUAUACAGCGUAGUUAUAGGUUAAAAAUAACUCAAACAACUGCUCAUAACUGCUCCAGUUUAACAGGCAAUAAAUAUGUCACAAGCGCAUGAGAGGGUAAAUCAAUAUUGAUAAAUAAAGGGUGAAAAUGGUAAAUAAUGCAAAGGAGUAUUCUGACACAUAUUCUGUUAAAUGUACACAAACACUCUUGAUACUAUCUGCUAUUGUAUGAAAGUGUCAUUUUUCUUGAAUGCCUAGUCAGCUAAUAAUAAAGGGGAUCGUGGUCCCUUAAGAUGUACAAAUAUAUGAGUAUUAAAUAGUACUCUCAAUAUUUACAUUUUUUUUCUUUUAAUAAUAAUCUCGCGCCCAUUUAUUUUCCUACGGGGAUGAAUUUACCAAAGAUAAAAACUGGGCUAUCACCACUGAAUGCUCCAAUCCCGUCUGAACCAAUCUUGGUCCAAGUUGUUAUUCCAUCUCCCGCAGGUGUUACAUUGUUCGUGUCACUCUCUUUGAUGAGCAGGUCAACCAUUUGAAAUCUAAACCCUCUUGAAUCAGAUUGUCUCCCUGCCAGUUGAGAGGGACCGGUGUAGUCUCGCGUGCUCACCCCGCCCUCGUCAUCUACGUUUACAGCAAUGUCUUUACAGCCUUACACAUCACGAAUAAUACAUCUAGUAAUUCAAUUCACACACCGUUUAAGUCUGUAAGCUAAUAUUUAGGAACUCAACUGUUUGCUGAUGAUACGAAUAGUUUACCCAUGUUUAACCUUAUGCAUAGAAAAUCUUAUAAUCGCUUCGCCAUGCUUUGCGAAGUAAACACCAGCAGCCGCCAUUUUGGACUGUGAGACUCAGCUGUAAUUCGCCCGGGGUAAACUUUAAUGGCACCGUUCUAACCUGUUAUUUCGCUACUGUUAAAGCACUGGAAAACAAGCGCUACCUGGGCAUUUUCACAGUCGUAUUGUUGCCUGACAUCGAGUUGAGGUUGCUAUGGAAACGGUGUUUCUCUCUCACUUGUCCUGCGUUCCCUUUUGGCAAAGUUAUUCGUGGUAGAGGAGGACGUUGUAGGAAGGUAAACCACGCCGUAUGUUCCGUAGACGUCGAUCUACCUCGUGCUUAAACAGAAUUUGUGAAAAAAGUAAUUUAAAAACCUUUGUCAGGUCAUCCAUCAUCUUGCAGACGACUUCCUGGGUCGAAAUGUGAUUGGCUGGUCGCGGUCACGUGCUUCGUUUCCCCUUACUUCAUCUGUCAGCCUCAGCGUGUAAUUUACCUUCAUUUAUUUCAAGAUUUAUCUUCAAAUCGACAGCCUAAUUUGUGAGAUCCAUCAGCGAGUGAUAAGGGAAGCAUAGCCGCGGUGAAUUAUGAACACAGAAAGCGACUAUACUAUCUGUAACUUGGACAGCCACACAUAUAUCAUAAACGGGAGCGAAACAGGGGCAGGGACCGGAGCCUCUCAGAUAGUGAACGGAGGGAACCAACACCAUGCGUCCCCUCGUCCGGCUUACCCCUACUACCCCGAACACACGCACGUCAGCAACGGCGGACUUCACGUAGCAGACACGGGUCAGGGGACGUACGUGAACGGGAACCACCAUUCCGCGGGAGGUGGGGUAUUAGAUCUCAGUCAUGCCCAGGGUUAUCACGCCGCCGCCUCCUCUCUGGCACUGGCGCACGCUACCCUUGGAAGUGCCGGCGAUUACGGCCCUCAAGAUUGUCAGGCAAGCUCCCGGCAUCACCCCCAUUCUCAUUCUACCCAACCCCACCACGAAACCCCUACAGACUAUGCCAGUUGCGCGGAUUUCUAUACUGGCAGAUUACUGGCCGCGCCUGGGCUCUCAGUAAACCCCGUAAUAGUCAAUGGACAGCAACACCACCACAGUCCCUCAGAGAACGGAUACGAUACGGGACAAUACCCCUACCCCCCGGGACACCCAGCACACCCCACUCCUGCCAUCGGGCCGGGACAUCUUGGCAAUGGGGGGUACCCCCCACCUCAUCAGCAACAACAGUGCGCAGUAUCGCAGGCCAGUGAAUCUCAGCAUCACCCCCAGCAGGCUCAGGACCCCCUCCCUCCAGUGACGUACAAAUGGAUGCAAGUGAAGCGGAGCGCUCCCAAGACUUCCCCACCUUCGACGGCAAACAACACAGGUGAGCAGGACGGCAACCAUGUUAAUAAAGCAACCAAACAGAGCACAAAGAACUAUCAGGACUACAGUGGAAACAUACCAAACAUGGGGCGAACGAACUUCAGCAAUAAACAACUUACAGAACUUGAAAAAGAAUUUCAUUUUAACAAAUAUCUCACGCGAGCGAGACGAAUCGAGAUCGCAGCGGCUCUCGGACUCAAUGAGACUCAGGUAAAGAUCUGGUUUCAAAACAGAAGGAUGAAACAGAAGAAACGAAUGAAGGAAAGUCAGACUUUACCAACAGCUGCAUUUGGUGCGGAAUAAAUCACCAUGAUAAUAUCUCUAUUGAAAUCUCAUUUUCAACCAAAACAAAACAAAGAGCUUCAUGUUGUUUUAUUUCAUUUAUUGUGAUGGUGCGUGCUACGUAAAUGGAUAUUCGAGAUAUUCGAAACCACUGAUUGGCAACUUAACAAUGCUUCACACAUUAGAGGAAUCAACAUUGUCAAAGAGAUCGAACGUUUUACCCAAAAUAACUGCAUAAUAUAAAUCUUGGACAACUGUUUUCUUGGGAACAUGCAGGCCACGAACAAGGCAAACAGUAGAGAAAGACAGUCACCUUUGACCCGCUUAUGCUGGUGUUGUACUCGUAUUCGAAAAAGAAAUGCUCAGUGAACUUUAUGUAUAAAGCCAAUGCUACCGUAGCCGUUCGACCAGUUGGCAACCCGCAAAAAACUGCACUUGACACAGUUCGGUCAAUGCACACAUAUAUGUGAACAAAGAUCAAAAUCGCCCACAUAUACCUAUACCAUAUAUCUCUACAACCAGAGGCAGCUAAGAAUGGCUAUUCUGUAAGUUGUAUCUUAUCGCUGUUGCCAAACUGAAAGUAAUAUCGUCUGGAAUCUUGCGUAUUGAUCGGCAGCGUUGAAAUCGAUCCAAGGGACGAAGCCUGCUAUCUUACUACAUGGCGUAGGACGGUCAUGGAAGGGCAGCCCCCUGUUAACAGCACCAAGAAUUAAUGUCUAAUUAUAAACUGCCUUCACCAAAGUUGACUGCAAUCAGUCAAGAGCAAUGUUUUUACUUUAGCUGUGAACCAUUUGGGUUAAAAGGCCGUAAACAUGACAGCGUCGUAAUAUACAGAACGACAUGAGAAGGAAUUUGCAUUGUGGAAUAAGCGGACAUGAUUCCUUGUUUUGAGAUAAAACCGUUAAGGAAGUAUGCCAAGCCGACCUGUUAAAACAGGAGGGAAAAAGCACCAAAGAUGUACCGUCGUUUUGUACAACUUUCCAACGAAAACUUGUGUGUGUGACGAACUCGUCAUAAUAGUGCACAGCAUGUCUGGAUAUACACGAACAAAGCAACAGCCGACAUUUGCCUAUAUGUAUUUUACACAACUUACGUCACAGCAUCCGGGCAUUUCAUUGAAUCAAAAAAAGCCAUAUUCAGGUCCAUGUUUUACAAAAUUGAAGGCAUAAUAUUGUUACACUUAAUGUUAAAUGGUUUGCAAAAACCUGCAUAAUACGCUAUGUUCUCGUAGCUGUGGUUAUUUAUCCAAUUCUUAAGUAUAAUCUGUUGGUUUGAUAUCUGGUUUAUUUUAAUUUUGUUACUUAAAAUAAUCCUGGAUUGACGAUGCCCUACUGACAGUGUAAAACUGUAAAUGUGCGGAUUAGUAUUGUCUUUUUAAGAGUUUAGGAAGGAUUUCAAGAGUUAUCUGUCGUUGACAAAAUAAUGAGCUUGACAACAAAUAAUUUAAGAUAAUUUGCCUUGCAUCGAUUAUUACUUUUGCGCCUUUGCCUUUGUAAAAUUAACCAAAACACUUUGAUGUAUCCUUUGGACAGUGUUUCUGUUUGUCCGGCAUGUAUUCUCUUUGGUUUCUGGUUCGCAGUCUACCCAACACUUUUCUUGAUCUUAUAAUGAUUCUUUUAUAGAAAACCAUCUGCUGUAUCCGAAGAACAUAACAGAUGCAUCGAUGCAAAUAUGCAUUAACGCCACCGGUGUUCCUUUCUGUUUGGCACUUUACAUACACACAAUGCUGCUGUUGCAUUAACUAUACAUAGAGUACACAGAUCCAAUUACAAUGGUCGUAUCAGUCUGGAGUCAUACUAUAACGUGUUCUCUCACCUUACGUUGCUACAGGCAGAUGAAUCGAUGCGACACUUGGGUAUCUCGCAACAUUUGAUAAUUAUUUAUCUCUUCUCUCAGGAUAUUAGACUAUUGAUUUAAAAAACAAACGGAUGUUUAUUUUAACUGUUUGACGUUGUGUAUGAUAUGAGAAAGGCUAAUUGAACGUCUUACAGAAUGACAAUGGUGCAAAGAAUCAGUGUUCUAAUUAUUCAUGACUUUAAGUAGAUUGAAUUUAGGAGAACUAUUGAGACGAAUCUCAACAAUGACGCAAAAAAAGUAUUUAUUAUCUCCCUACACAAAGUCCACGGUGCUAAAUCGCAAACCGAGGAUGAUUUUGUUAGACAUCAUCGUUUCCAUUUCAACGUCAUACUAUACACAUAUAUAUUACCACACUUGAUAAUCAGCGCACUUUCAUUUGUUUUAGAAAAGACUAAUUGUUUCAUUUCAAGGGAAAUUUCUGUUACGCGUCUACUGUUGUCCUAUUACUAUACAUGAUAGACGAUUUAAUACAAACGAAGCUCCCAUCAAAGUUUAAAAACCAGCUUAGUUUAUGUUAACAAUGACAUCGAGAUAAAUUAUAUGCCCUAGUGGAGAUAUUCUAAAUGUGGCUGGGUAAAUCUAUAUUUUGUUUUAUUAUAUUUCGAAGAGUUGUAAAUCUCUAAUCGUAAAUAUCCUCAUUGAAUUGUACGUAACCAAUCAGAAACCUAUUAACUUCUUACCCAUGAUGUGUGCAUCAUAAAUAAGUGUGGAGAAUUUAACUGUUCUUAAAGAAAUGCAUCUUAAAUUGUAAAUUUGUAUGUCGUUGAAAUGUUUGUAUUUUAAUUUAUUAAGCUUUGCGUCAUUAAAAGUGCGUGUAUUAUUCUUGUAAUAAAAGUGGUGUUUAUUUUCAGACUGUA